CAGAACAGCUCGUUCUUCAUGACCAACGAUUGGUGAUCGAGAAAAAGGACGGAAAAACAAUUGUUUUGUUGUCAAAAAGCUACUGUGUUUGUAAUGUGUUAAAAUGCAGCGUUUAGGAAGGAUGAAGAGAGAGUUAGAAAUGUUUGAGAGAUCUCCGCCACCUGGUAUUUCGUGUUCGAUGAAGAGUGAUAGCAGCGACAGUCUUGAGGCCCAAAUUAUUGGGGCAGAAAACACUCCUUAUAAUGGUGGACUUUUUCAUUUAGAAAUUCAGCUCCCAGAAAGAUAUCCAUUUGAGCCACCCAAGGUACGAUUUGUUACACCUAUUUAUCAUCCCAACAUUGAUGCUGCUGGACGAAUAUGCCUGGACAUCCUGAAGAUGCCUCCAAGUGGAAAUUGGAAGCCAUCUUUGAACCUGUUGACAUUAUUGACGUCCAUUCAACUGCUGAUGUCUGACCCAAACCCAGAUGAUCCUCUCAUGCAUGACAUUUCAAAUGAAUUUAAGUAUAAUCGUGAGCAAUUUAUGAAGACGGCUGUAACAUGGACAAAUAAACAUGCUUUAACUACGAAUUGUGUUGCAACAUCAAGUGAGAACAAGGAACCACAGGAUAAUUUGCAAGAUGAUUCAUUCUCUGAUAGUAGCAGCUCAGAUGAAGAAAUAGAAAAUAAUAAGAUAGAAAAUAAUAAUAUGGAAAAUAAUACGAUGAUCAAAAGAAAAGCAGAACUGGCUCCAUCAGAUAAGAAUACAAAGAAAGCAAAACAUAAUGGGAAUCAGUGUUGUUGAAACAUACAUUACAACCCAUAUGCUGUGUAUACUGUAAAUGAAAGUAGGGAUGUGAUAUUCUUCUUGUGAUAUCGAUAAUAAUAAUGUAUUUUAUAUUUUUUCAUAAUUAUUAUAAGAUGCAAUUAUGUCAAGCCAGUCACCUUGUUUUAUAUAUUAUAAUCAGACUGCUGGUUGUAGCCAGUGGCGUAUGUAGGGGAUGGCAUGGGGGAGGGUGCAGUACCCCCCAAAAAAAUUGCUCGUGUCCCCCCCCAGUCGCUCACCCAAAAAUCACGGUCAAUUAGUUAAAAAUCACCUAAAAUCACCAUAUUAGCGCCCCUCAACUGAUCAUU